CAGACAAUGUCCCUUUAAAAAGCCCCAUGUCUGGAAAGCCCAUUAGAUGUGCAUAUAAAAUUUCCCCCGUGAUUAAUAGUUGAUGAGGCAGGGUUGGUUGGAGGGUACUACCAACAUGUGGCCUGCAGGGCUCCUCCUCUGCAGGCUCACGUUACACUCCAUAAACUUGCCACUCUUUCCCACCUAUAUGUUUAAAAAGGAGGAGGGCUCACUUGUCAAGAAUGCCUUAGAAGAGUUGUGAAAACAGCCAGCCCGAGAAGGGGAGUCAUGCAGUUGCGGAUGCAGCUCUCCCACUGAGCCACAAGCCAGUCUGAAGCCGAGAGGGUGGUGUGAGAGCGAGGCAGAGGGAAAAGAGAGGGUCUCCGAAGGACGUCACCAACACUCCCAGAGAGGGAAGGGAAGCACGCUGCCGCGGGAAGGCGUCCAUCCUCACGCGAUCUGGGCUGUGGAAGCCUCUGACAGCACCGAGCGUUCACGUGAAGAUGUGCAUUUAGUGGAGGCUUUAUUUUAAAAGAUUCACAUUUCCCGUCCUGAUUUGCUUUCCUGAGAGGGGUUCGAACUCCCCGACGAGUCUUGCAAUACUCCAGAAAGCGCGAGUGGCAUCACCCAUGGAUCAGCCGGCCAGCAGCUGCAUGCGGAGCGCCCACCCCAGCAGCCCCAUCUGGGGCUGCAUGAGGAACCCUCACCCGGGGGCCAACCUGCAGUCGCCCUACCAGCAGGCCCCUUUCUCCCUGCACCAGAAGCCCGAGUUCCUGGCCUACACGGACUUCUCCGGCUCCUGCCUGGUGCCGAGCGCCCCCCACGCCGCCUACCCCCGCGACGACAGACUCUACCACGAGAGCCAGGGCGGCUACCAGAGAGCCGACUGGCAGUUCAACCCCUGCGAGACCCGGGUGAGAGCGCCCGAGGCCUGCCCGCCCGUCGCCCCGCCGGUGGUGGGCGGCGGCAGCGGCGGGGACGGAGGACCCGAGCUGGACACUGUGGGGGGGGACAGGCUGCCAGGCGCCGUGCCCGGGUGUCUGGAGGGUGAAUACUCGCCGCAGAGUGUGGCGUCGGCCGACUCGGACAAGAAGAGCUCCAACAAGAGGAAGAGGGACGUCACAGAUAUCCAGGAGUCCAGUUUUAAGGUGGAUUCCAGCUGCAAGGCCAGAAAAGAGCGCACGGCGUUCACCAAGGAGCAGCUGAGGGAGCUGGAGGCCGAGUUCACCCACCACAACUACCUGACCCGGCUCCGUCGCUACGAGAUCGCCGUCAACCUGGACCUCACAGAGAGACAGGUUAAAGUCUGGUUCCAGAACCGGCGGAUGAAGUGGAAGAGGGUGAAGGGAGGACAGUCGGCUUCGCCCAACGACCUGGAAAACGACGACAUAGACUCAGCUGCCUCUCCCAGCUCCGAAUGAUCGAGGACUGUAACGCGCUCUGAGACGUCGGAGCUCCAACCGGACGUCUCUUAUUCUCGUGGAAAGUUGGAACCAAAUAAUUCAGGAGACUCUCUUUUUUUUGUUGUUGUUGUUUUUAAAUCCCCAGGAUGCGUCCCCUUUUUUUUGGCCGUUUUCUGUUGUAAAUAGUCGAUUUGUGUCCAUAAUGAAGUGCAGUUCGAUCAGCUCGAGAGGCCUCGACUGUGUUUGAGUAUUUCAGAUUAAAGAUGUAGGUUAGCGAUAAGCAGCAGCUUUAAGGCAGCGAUGACAUGUCGGGCCGUGAUGUGAUUGUGUUUGAGUGCAUCCCCUUUGGUUUCCAAUAAUGUAAUCAUGGCCUCUGACGCUUGACUACAACCACCUGGGAAAACUCAGACUGCACCACUGUUGCCAAGCCAUAAGUGCCUCCGUUUUGUUUUUUUUUUGUCAGUUUCUUUUUCCUCGAAUAUAGUUUUUUCUGUCAGGCUUUUUUUUUUUUUUUACUACUCUCUUUUUUUAUACUAUUUGAAUGUUAUUGAUAAAACACAGAUGUUGACUGUUUCUGCAAAUAGAAUAAAUCAUCUUCUGCAAAAUGGGGAA